AAUACUGGAAAAAGUCUUACUCUGUUUCAGAGAAUGGUCACUCAUUAAGCAAAGAAAACAUCUAGGAGUCUGCUGAAACUGAUAUAAAAAUCCGAUCCAUUAUUAAAACCUGGAAGGAUCCACAUAACUCUCCGCUUAACCAUUGCUAUGUUUAACUGUGAAAGUAAGAUAGUUUCCACAUACAUAAUGCAGAGCACAGUCAAGAAACUGGGAUAUAUUAUUUUUCUCACUUCUACAUUCACUACCAGGUGAACUGGUCACACAGCACAACGCUGCAACAAGACAUGAGGACGUUUUCCAAUCAUGACGUUCCUACUUUAUAAACACUCCACCUGCCUUCCGAAGCCUGGUUACAUCUUCGUAUUCCUCAUUGUGUUUGUCCUGAUUCUGAUUAUAUACAUCGUGGACAUUCUGGAUUUUUGGGAUAAACUGGACAUCUCCAUCAUCAUCCCAGGAGCUGCCACUGUCACCCAACCUGCUGACAUGUAUUCUAACUUCUGCAAGUUAAAACCACUGUCCCCCGAGGAAGCUCUUGAAGAACACCUUGUACUAGAGUCCAUCGCUUGGCCUAAAACUCCACCAUUACCAUCUCCUCUUUCUCUGAACAACACCAGUGAUCCAGCCCAUAGCACCUUCACCAUUCUCCCAAGGAAGAGGGGAGAACAGUGGUACAUAGGUGAUAAACUGGAGGUUAUGAUAAAAAUGUAUGACUUUCAAGGCCAUCCAAAGAAGUCCGGCGGAGAUGUCUUACUAGCCCGGCUACACAACUUGACUCUUGGUGCAGGUGCUGCAGGGCAUAUAACAGAUUAUCUCAAUGGCACCUACUCUGCUGUAUUCUCUCUACUCUGGGAAGGAAGUGCACAGGUUCAGGUGAUAUUGGUUCAUCCCAGUGAGGCAGUCACAGAGCUGCGCAGGAUGAACAAAGAGGAACCUGACAGGAUCUUCUUCAAGAGCCAGUUCCGCUCAAGCUUGUUCACUAGAACGACCACGUGUAACGUAUGUUUACGUCCAACUGAGCAGCCUGUGUGUAACUACACUGACCUCCAUACAGGUGAGCCAUGGUUCUGCUACAAGCCAACAAAUCUGAGUUGUAAUGCUAGGAUCAGCAACUACAAUGGAGGAUAUAAAAAAAACCUGACAACUAUGGAGAAGCUUUUUCAGAGAGGUGUAAAUAUGAAAGUCUCCAUUCCGGCUUCAGGACCAGCCAGCGUCACCAUUUUGCCAAAACAGAAAGGUCAGUCAGAGGUGAGCAGCAGCAGUGGGGAGUCUAAACCCUCUGGCUAUUACUACCAGGGUGUGUGGCGAGCACUAGAUGGUUCCACAGUUCAACAGUUCAACACUUCCUCAGCCAUCACUCAGUGUCUGAAAGGAAAGGUGGUCCAUAUGUAUGGAGACUCCACAAUGAGGCAGUGGUUUGAGUACCUUAAUGCAUCACUACCAGAUCUAAAGGAGUUUAACCUGCAUAGCCCCAAGUCUAUCGGACCUUUAAUGGCGCUGGACUAUGCAAACAAUAUCUUUGUGACGCACCGCGCCCACGGUCCUCCUCUGCGUACUGUCAAUGUCCCAUCCAUGGAGCUGCAUUAUAUUGCCAAUGAGCUGGACAAUGUGGUUGGAGGUAGUAACACUGUAGUAGUUUUUGGCAUCUGGGCACACUUUGACAAUUUCCCUAUUGAGUUCUACAUCCGUCGACUGAUGUCCAUUCGCAGGGCAGUGGUAAGGCUACUGUCCAGGGCUCCAGGCACUGUGGUUGUCAUUCGGACUGGAAAUCCCAAAUCUUUUACACCCUCUGGUGCAUUUGUCAACAGCGACUGGUACACUUUUCAGCGGCUAAAGGCACUCAGGGCUGUGUUCAAAGGCUUCAAUGUCCAUCUGGUCGAUGCCUGGGAGAUGGUUCUGGCCCACCACCUGCCACACAACAUGCACCCACAACCUCCAAUUAUCAAGAACAUGAUUAAUGUUCUUUUAUCCUACAUAUGUCCUCAAAAGGUUGGAUAGAUGUGUUUCAGCAGCCUAUGCAGACACAUCUUAUCUAUAAUAUGUAUGCUUCAAAUUCAUAGGAGCAGACUAUGGUGGCACAUAAUCUUAAUAACUUUUUUGUUAUGACAACAAUAAUUCAUUUGAAACAUGAGGGGGGGGAUGCAAAGCUGACAUAUUCCAAUGUCUUCCUAAGAGAGGAAGCACCUGACAAAUUAUGCUGUCUCUAAGUUUGAUUUUAUGUAAUUAUAUUUGAGCAGGUCGACUAAUUACAUCAGUCAGUCUUUCCCAGGCUGUGAGCAAUCAACAUAACUCUAGUGCUGUCCAUCUAGCUGGUUAUUACAGUUGACUGCCAGCCUUCAAUUUGUUUCUUCAUUUUGCAAAAUUUUGUAAUUCCUUGUUUGAAAAUACCGUGCACACUUUCUUGUUUUGUUUUUACAUUGCAGAUUGCUUGGAAAACCAAAGUGAAGUUUUUUCCCAUUCACUGAACUAGCUAAUUUGUAUCUGAGAAGGGUCCUGCGACUGUGGUGCAUGAAUAAUUUGUGGGGUUUGAUUUGAGUUAAUGAAUUAAAAAGUAUACAUAUACACACUGAUUAUUGUUUCACUAUGUUGUCACUUAUUGGCAGACCUGAAGUUAAAUAAAUAAAAAUGCUUUUGAAAUUGUUGCAUCUUUAAAAAAUAAAAAAUUAUCACAGCAGUGACCUCAUGGCAUGUGUAGCAAACAGGAAGUGGUAAAGGGGUCCUCAGAGUGUAAGCUGCCCACAAUAAUUCCUGAUUUUUUUUGUACUUUUAAAGAAAUCUGAUGGUGUUCACAAAAACUCUGGACACGAUUUUAAUCA